AUGACUUCUCCUAAGGGACCCGGUCAUUUCGAAGCCUCGUCCCACGAGAAAACGGAAUCUGAAGGCGAGGAGAGCAGAGCUAAAGAAGCUGUGGUGGAGGAGGAGGUGAAGAGCAAAGCCAGCCGCCAUCCGUUCAGCGUCGAGUCGCUUAUAUCCAAGAAAUUCACCUGCAGGAGCAACUACUCCCCCCCGGUGUCUUACCCUGAGCACCCGGGUCAAUAUUCAAGGACUUACCUAACACAGAAAAGUCAAGUUUCAGCAGAAAACUUUCCUCAUGUGUCAUCGGACUGCCUGAACGAUGAGAGCGAAGAUUCGAGUGAUAAGGAACAGAGCACUUGGCUGAAGAGCCCGAACUUCUCUUCCCCUCAGAGAGCUGUGAGUCCAUCCACUGCGUGCAACCUGCGCAAGCACAAGACCAACCGCAAACCGCGCACCCCCUUCACCACGGCGCAACUGCUGGCACUAGAGCGCAAGUUCCGCCAAAAGCAGUACCUGUCCAUAGCCGAGCGAGCUGAGUUCUCCAGCUCGCUCAGCCUCACCGAGACCCAGGUGAAGAUCUGGUUCCAGAACCGACGUGCCAAAGCCAAGAGGCUACAUGAGGCCGAGCUGGAGAAGCUGAAGCUGGCUGCCAAACCUGUACUGCCUGCUGCUCUUGCGCUGCCCUUCUCUUUUGCUGCGCAUGCGCCCCCGGCUAUGUAUGGCGCCGCCGCGUCCGGGCUCCCGCGCCCGAGCCUGGCCGUGCCCGCGCUUUUCGGCGCGCCCUACGGAAUGUAUUACUUAUCUUAA